AUGACUAUUAAUGGAUUAUUGAUACCUAGUAAAUUUAUUCUAGUUUCCUGUCAUUUCAUUACAUCGCUAAUGGCUUAUUAUGGAGCUAAAGAAAACAUCUUGGCUAAUUUUCAACUCAAAACAUAUGACACCAAUUCCGAUGCAUACACUACAGCCUAUAAUUCCAUUGUCUCGUGCAUCAUAAUUGGAAUGAUUGGUCUGGGUAUCGAAAUGAUAUUCAUUAUAACUGGAAUUACCAUGUUCUAUGAUACCAGCAAUUUUUUAAUUAUCUGUUUACACGCAGUUGGUAUCAUAGUUUACAGCGAGUUUAUUAUAGGAGCAUGGCCUUACUACGAAUUAUGGUAUUAUUGGGCAGCAUUUAUUUUGUUACCAGUUUUAUUAGAGAUAGUGGCAACUUGUUUUGGGAACAUUCUGUACGGAACAGCUUUCAAAAGAAGGCUAUCAAGAAAAGGGAAUUGA